GCCACCAACCUCACCAGCUUCGUCGUCUACCUGAGGCUUCGUCUCAAAGACAGCAUGUCCGUCUGCUUCUUCCUCCUGUCGUGCUCGGACCUGGUAUCCGUCUCGCUCAUGCUGCCGGCGGACUUCUUGUUCCUUUUUUCCACGUCACUUCCGCAGUCGUGGAGGGUCGAUGGCGAAUCGCUGACCACCCUCCUCAUGUUCUACUACCCGUUAUUUUACGACAUUUCGCAGCUGAUUACGACAUUCAUCGCCGUGCAGAGAUGCUGGUGCGUGGCGCUGCCGUUCCGCUUCAAAAGCACUUUCACGAGACGCCGGGUGGCCGAGAUUGUGCUGGCGCUCGUAUUCCUGUGCGUGUGUCAGUACGUACCCGUGAUGGCGUCGCAAGGGUUGCAGGAAACACGAGACCCCGCGAGAAAUACGACGGUCUUCGUCUUCUGGACGUCAAACGUCCGGGGUACUGUUAUGUCCGCCAGGGGCACCACCGCGUUGGUUAUCACAACGACCUGCCAGUCGCUGGUCACCGCCUGUCUCGCCAUUCUCGCUUCGACGCUGCGAGCCUCGGCUAAUUUCCGACGGACGGUCGCGAUGGCGCCUAAAGAGAUGUUGUCUCCUGAGCUCAGCACUCAGGACGGAUCAACCGUGUCCUCGAUUACGACAGCGUGGGAAGCCUCAAAGCACGCCUUUAACCGACAGUCUAUAAAUAAAAUGAAAACAAAUCGUCGGAAUAUUUUCACAGAGCCCACUCACAUCUUAAACCCGCGCAGGAACACAUCAAGAAAAGAAGUGCAGGCCGUGAAGGCGACGACGCUGGUGUCGGUUAUAUUUGUCUUGUGCAACACGCCCAGACUCUUGAUGUACUACACGUCGCUCUGCGUUCCGGACUUCAACAUGCAGCGACGUUACGAGAACUCGUACGUGGUCGGGAACUCUUUCAGAUUUUUCUUCGAGGCCAUGAACGCGUCCUUUAACGUGUUCGUUUACGUGAAGUUCAACAAACGUUUCCGAUCGGCGGUCAUGACUUGCGCAAGGUAA